CCUCGCAUGAGGCGGCUGGAGCAGGCGAGGGCGCCACGGCGUGACCCCAGGCAGCGACCCUCUGGCCGCGCCACGUGCCGUUGCCGCCGCGGGCUCAGCCAAUCGCGUGCCGGGCGCCAAAAGCCAGCCUCGCGCUGUGCCCCCCUCUCCGGCUCGCCCCCCGCGUGCGGGGCAAGCGCCCGCCUCAGCAUGAGGAAAGAGCCGGGGGCGGGCGUGAGCAAGAGCAGGAGCUAACCCACCGGGCACUGCCGUCUCUCUCUCUCUCCCUUCUCCCCAGGAGGCGGCCAAGAGAUGCCAGAGACCAAGAGAUGCCACCCCGCGUUGCCGGCCCUUCUCUUUCUCCUGCUCUUCUCUUCCGUCCUGACCCCCAUGCCGGAGGUCGAGGGCAACAGCGCUCCAAGGAGCUCACCCCGGGACCUCCAGACGUUGGCGGGGGACAGGAAGACGGUGCUGGAGCUCCUGCUCAAGUCUCUUGGGGACAGCGGUGGCGGCAGUAGCCACCAGACUCUUCAGCACCACCUAGGGGCCAACCGGCUGCUCGCCCGGCGCUACAGGGGCAGCAGCGCCGUUUUCCCCGCGCCGGCUGUGGAUCAAGAACCCAGAGGGUUGGCGUUCACAUCUUCGUCUUCCUCCAGGGAGCGAGUAGUUGGGCAGCCAGCUAGGCUCUUCUCCGUUUCCAGGCACGUAGAAGUAUUUCCAAGAGAUUCCAGUUUAAAAGACAAGUUUAUAAAACACUUUACAGGUCCAGUCACAUUUUCAGCUGAAUGCAGUAAGCAUUUCCACCGGCUGUAUCACAAUACACGGGAUUGUUCAACUCCAGCCUAUUACAAAAGGUGUGCAAGAUUGCUGACGAGAUUAGCAAUGAGCCCACUGUGUACACAGCCAUAGGAGGCCUGCUAUACUUUCCUGCUAAGACAGAACUCUGGUUUGCCAAGAAAGUGCCUUGAAAUCUACCCGAAGACAACAGAGAAGAUAUCUUGACCUUUGGAUUUACUGCAUUUUUUUUUGUUAAUAGAUGGGUUUUAUUUUCAUAUAUGCUGGACAUUUCAUAUUUGUCUGAAUGGAACAUAUUUUAUUUGAAUGUGUAAAUAUCUUGCCUGUAGUUCAAAUUCGCCAAUUUAUUUAAAUAAAUUGUAAAUAAAUACUACUAAUAAUAUACUAAUUAAAUAUUAUAACCAUA